UAAACAAAUUCAAAAAAUUUAAAAGAUCCACUAUUCUUUUGUAAAUUUAAGUUGUAAGUUUCGAGAGAUCCUCCAUAAUAACAAAGGAAUUUUCACGCGCGAUUUUUUUCAGUCCAUUCUGUACAAAUCAUCACAUAAGUAUGCUUUUUUUUUUAAUGUGCGUAUUAGUUGUUUUAUUAUCUGAUUUUUUAUAAUUAAAAUUUUUUGAAAUGUGUCGUUAAAAACUUUAAAUUUUUUUUUGGUACGAUGUGAAUGUUUAAAUUCCAAAUGGAAUAGCUGGAACUAAAAUAAAACUAAAUACAAGUAUUAUGAGAUCGUUUUCAAAGACAAAGUUAUUGUGUUUUGUUGCAAGCUUAUCUGUCAUUUUGCUAACUUCAAGAAUAUUACCAAGUUUUCAGCCGUCUUUAAUACGCAUCACAAAAGCAAAUCAAGGUUUUUUAAGCAAGAAAAAUAGUUCUUUAAAUAAAAGGAGUUGUAUACCAAAAAAAAACGUUGUUUUCUUAAAGACUCAUAAAACUGGAGGAUCUACUAUUACAAAUAUAUUAAACAGGUUUGGGGAAUCAAGACGAUUAACCUUUAUUCUACCAAAAUUGGGAGAAAAUAGACUUGAUUGGCCAUGGUUUUUUCGUAAAGAUUCGUUUUAUCCUUUAAAUGGAAGUACACCAAAUAUUCUAAACAACCAUGCUAGAUAUAACCCCGACGUGAUGCAAGAGAUAAUGCCCAACGAUACUGUAUAUAUAACUAUUGUACGUAAUCCGAUUACUCAGUUUGAAUCAAGUUUUUCUUAUAUGACUUUUGAUAAAAUAUUAGGAAUGCAAAAUUCCACUGACCCAUUAGAAGAGUUUUUUAAAAAUCCUGAGCAGGUUUUAGUUAACUACGUUCUCACACAAGACUUGCGAAUCAAUAGUGAUCGAUUAAAAUUAAUUAGGAAUGGUAUGUUUUAUGAUCUGGGCUUAGAGUCAAAAGAUUUUAAAAACCAGAAAAAAAUUCGAUCGAGUAUCGAAAAACUCGAUUCUCAAUUCGAUCUUGUCAUGAUCACAGAGUACUUUGAGGAGUCUUUAGUAUUACUAAAGAGACUUAUGUGCUGGGAAAUCGAUGAUGUCGUUUUUUUCCGUUUAAAACAAAGAUCAAAUGAGCUAAAGCGAACAAUAUCAAAAUCUCUACAAAAAAAAAUUAUGCAAUGGAGCCAAGCUGAUGUGCAAUUAUACAAACACUUCAAUCGAACUUUUUGGACAGUUUUAAAAAACAUAGGAAAGGAUUUUUGGGACGAAGUGAACUUGUUAAAAGCAAAAAAUAAAAUAAUGUCGGACUUAUGUCUACAGCAAAUGAACCAAGUUUCAUCCGAACUUUUUCAAACAGUACAAACUAAACAGUACAAGUUAAGAACCAACAUUCCAUACAGCACUAGAGAGAUGUGUAAAAGAAUGACAUGGGAUGAGAUCAAGUACGUAAAACAUUUGAGAGAACUUCAAACAAGCAAAGACGAAAAGAAAGAUUCAAACGGAAUACUUUUAAAAGCAACCGCGUGGCUUACAAAUCAGCUUCAUUUUUAUUUAAUAUAAAAUACCAUCCUUUUUUUUUAUAUUUUAUAAUUACUUUUUAUAUUUAUUUAUUUGAAAAAAUAUAUUUAUUUUUUUCUUUUGUAUUUUUUAUAUUUCUAAAGAUAAAAAAAAAAAAUUUCAAUAAAAAAGCACAAGUUUUAAAAACUAAUGGAAUAAAUUAACUGUUUCAAAAAAUUAAACUAUUUGAAAUUAAUUGAAAAAGUCUUAUAAUAAAUAAUGUCAAUGUUAUUUGCGGAAAUAGGUAUCCAACUUUAUGUAAUCUGAUUUUUUUAAAAAACGUAUCAACACUGCCGGUAAAAGGAGGUACAAACUUACAAAUUUGCUCUGAGAGCAAAUGGUUGAUCUAAAACUAAUUGAUUUUGUGUUACCGAUUUUUGAUAUUUAUUGAAUACAAAAUAAAAAAGUUUAUCAAUUUUAAAAAUUUGUAAAAUAUGUUUAGUUUAACGUUUUGUAUUUAAUAUUAUAAAAGACUUUUUUACUUUAUUAUGUAUUAUGUUUUUUUUAUUUAAAGGUUUGUGCAUAAUUCAUAAAUUGUUGAUAGAUUAGAGUCAUAACGUA